AUGGCGGAUAUUGCUACGGAGAUCCCGAAAAGUCGACUUCUAGAAGCCAAGCAGAGACGACAAGAAGCGUCGAAGGAUGCCUUGAUGUUGAAAAACCGCAUCGCUCUGCUCAAGGCUGAGGAAGAAAAGGCCUGGAAAAAGAUCGAGCAGACCCGACGUCGUGCUGCUGAGCUUCUCAAAGUCCGAGAAGACAACGCCCAAGCGCAAGCCAUGCUGAAAGAACUUGCCUUGGAGAUUGAGCGCGAGACGCAAGCUUCUAUCCAGGCCAAACGUGAGCUCGUGCUAAGCAUAGACAGCAUUCCAAAGAAGAAAGAGAUCAGCAUGCAACUUACCGAGGCCAACAGACGAGAAGCGCUUCAGCUUAAAGAAGACAAACAGCGUUGGAAGGAGAUCAUGGAGCAACAGAAGCGAGACGAAAUGAUGGACGUCAUCCGCCGCAAAGAAGAGAUCACCAGUCAGAAGGAAGCGCUGCGCGUCAAGAAGAUCAUGCACAAGCAAGAUAUUGACAAACACAACCGGGAACGAACCUUGGAGAAGCUUCGUGCUGAGGAAGAGCAAGCGCAGCGGCACGAGGCGGAGGUUCAGGAGAUGGAACGUCAGGAACUUGAACUCAUCCAGCGACUACGCAACACGCAGCACUUGCAGAAGCAGGCAUUUGAAGAGCUAGAAGCAGCCCUCAGUGGUGGACAUGGUGCGAGUGCCAAGCUUUCUUAAACUUACUGGUUCACUUUGUCCUCACUCCAUGUAAGACGCGAUCGCAUGUCGUUCGCGUCAAUUAUAAGAGCUUGCUUGCUUGACAAAC